AUACCUUAUAUUGAGUGAUUCUACUGAUAACCCUUUUACACACACACAAACACAUACAUAUAUACACAUUCAUCCGCUUCUCUCACUCUGGCAUCUGCGUUCGUUACAAAACUGCACAUAAAGACACCCUCUUUCUCUCUCUCUCUUCUUCGGUGGGAACGUGCUGCCAACAUUCAGCUCACCUACCUCUUUCUCUCUCUAACCAGUCUUCCUUCCUUCGUUCAAAGGAUUCUCUCCUAUAUCCCUAAAUUUCAGCGUAACGUACGAGUUGUGGGCUCCACUUGGGCACUCCCACACCAUACUCGACCUCCCUCCUGACAAUGUCGUAAUUGGUCUUGCCAAAACUCACCAACAAACCUCCAACGCACUCUGUCUCUGAUGAGCCUGAGCCUGGCGUUUUAUGAUUCUCUGCUGCAUUGGGUCGUCACAGAUUGGUACCAUUCAUGGCUCUCAAGGCUGUACCCAUCUGGGUUUCUUCGAACAAUUCUCAUGUCCAAUUGGGUUUUUCAGAAUUGGGGACCAAGCGUUAUGGGUCUGGUUUGAAUCUGAGGUUCGAUCUUGAUAGGUAUCGGAAGUGGGAGUGUUGUGGGUUGUUGUUGGCUCAGAGGGCAAUUAGUCCAGUUGAAGAUGAAAAGCCAUUAACGCCUGGGUUGGAGUCACCUGGUGAGACUGAUCAGACUCAGAUCACUGAGUCCAGGGGCUUUCAUAAGGAUUUGAACUCUCUUCCUAGACCCUUGUCUGCAACAGAUAUUUCUUCAUCUCCAGGUGAUGGUUCAAACGUGCGGGUUGCAUAUCAGGGGAUACCAGGUGCAUACAGUGAGGCUGCUGCACUUAAAGCAUACCCCAAGUGUGAGACUGUCCCUUGUGACCAAUUUGAGUCUACAUUCAAGGCAGUUGAACUGUGGUUGGUCGACAAAGCAGUGCUACCCAUUGAGAAUUCUGUAGGUGGAAGCAUCCACCGGAAUUACGACUUACUCCUUCGUCAUAGGCUGCAUAUUGUUGGGGAGGUGCAGAUGAUUGUCAACCACUGCCUUUUGGGGUUGCCUGGUGUUAGAAAGGAGGAGCUAAAGCGUGUAUUGAGCCACCCUCAGGCACUUGAUCAAUGUGAGAUGACACUGAACCAGCUAGGUGUUGUCAGAGUUAAUGCUGAUGAUACUGCUGGUGCUGCUCAGAUUAUAGCCUCUGAUGGCCUAAGAGACACUGGAGCAGUUGCAAGUGCUAGAGCUGCAGCAAUCUAUGGGCUUGACAUUCUUGCAGAAGGAAUCCAGGAUGAUUCCGAUAAUGUUUCCCGUUUUCUGAUACUUGCAAGGGAACCUAUAAUUCCAGGAACUGACAGGCCCUAUAAGACUAGCAUUGUCUUCACUCUUGAAGAAGGGCCAGGAGUACUAUUCAAAGCCUUGGCAGUAUUUGCUUUGAGGGGCAUUAAUUUGUCCAAGAUAGAGAGCCGACCGCAGAAAAAGCGUCCAUUAAGGGUUGUUGAUGACUCUAAUAAAGGGAGUGCCAAGUACUUUGACUACCUUUUCUUCAUUGACUUUGAAGCUUCUAUGGCGGAGACUCGUGCCCAAUAUGCUUUAGGUCAUCUGCAGGAAUUUGCAAGAUUUCUUCGGGUUCUUGGUUCAUAUCCUAGGGAUACAUCUUCAGUGAUAGAGGCUUUUCCAAAAUAAUCAAUCUUCAUAUAUUUAUUUGGUUUGUUGGGCUUCAUCAAAGAAACAGCUCAUACUAAAAGGUUGUACAUUCUGUUGAUCCUGUUGAAGUCAGGUGGUGGGAGGACAAUUUUCCCAGCAUUGAGCGAGAGUUUUGCGAAGGAUAGAAUCUCCUGCAGCAGGAUCUUUCCAAUUUUUUCGUUCUUUUACCCUCCAUCCUGGCAGAGGUUUCUUGGUAUGUCAGUCUCUCUAGGAUAAUGAAUGUAGCGGCAACUUUGAACAUAAACUCUCUCUUUGUUGUUCUGUAUCGUGCAAGAUAAUGAACAUUGACUAUGCAUCUGUUUCAUUUUCUUUUC